AUGGGGAGAUCAAAAAUCAAAGUGGAACUAAUUCAAGAUCACAAGAAGAGAAUGACAACUUUAGUGACACGGAAAGCUGGCUUAGUCAAGAAAAUUUCGGAACUCUCAAUACUUUGCGAUAUCAAAGCAUGCAUGAUCAUACAUGAAGGAAAUAAUCAUCAAUUGUGGCUGAAUGAUCCAAAUGAAGUUAUAGAGCUAAUAGAUCUCUACAAAAACCAACCAUUCCAAGGCCGAAGCAAAAGGGGUAAGACCUUGUCCAACUAUUUCAAAGAUGAUGAAAAGAAAAGGGCUGAGAUCAAAGUAGAAAAGGAUCCUCCCACUUGGGAUUCAAGAUUUGACUAUUUCGAAAAUGAUGAAAAGAAGAAGGCUGCGAUCAAAGUAGAAAAGUAUCCCACUUGGGAUUCAAGAUUUGACUAUUUAUCUCAAAAAGAAUUACAAAAUCUUGCUGGUGUUGUUGAGAUUAGAAUGGACAAGGCAAAAGAAAAACUCGAAUUGUUGAAGAGCAUGAAUGUUCAUAUUAGAAGUUCCUCACUAUCUCAUCAACAAAUAUGGGACUACAACUUGAUGAACCAAACAUCUCUAUGGCCUAUUUCUAAUGUGAAUUCUUUCACCGAUUACAACAACUUCUUUCAAUCAAGUAUUCCAAUUAGUGGUGUGAAUUCAAUGGGAGCAGGGAUGGAUAAUGGGCUUCUUACUAUUGAGGAUUACCAAUUUUGCAAUGCAAAUUAUUCUAUGAUGAAUGAGGCUGAAAACUGGUCGGCAAAUGAUGGAAUUGGUCCAAGUUCCACAAUGCAGCAUAUGACAAAUAAUGGAGUUGGUUCAAGUUCGACAAUGCAGCCUAUGGGGAAUAAUUAUGGGAUUGGUUCAACUUCGACAAUGCAACUUAUGGGGAAUAAUGGAGUUGGUUCAAGUUCGACAAUGCAGCCUAUGGGGAAUAAUUAUGGGAUUGGUUCAACUUCGACAAUGCAACCUAUGGAUCAGUACCCUUUCAUAUACAAUGAUUCUACUCGUGAUAUUGGUUCAAGUUCGACAAUGCAGCCUUUGGGGAAUAAUUAUGGGAUUGGUUCAACUUCGACAAUGCAAUCUAUGGAUCAGUACCCUUUCAUAUACAAUGAUUCUACUCGUGAUAUUGGUUCAAGUUCGACAAUGCAGCCUAUGGAUCAGUACAAUGACUCUACUCAUGAUACGUCUUAUGGAUUCAUGUAG